AUGUCUUUCGGACUCAAGAAUGCUGGAGCAACAUACCAAAGGGCAAUGGUGACACUCUUUCAUGAUAUGAUGCAUAAGGAAAUUGAAGUUUAUGUGGAUGACAUGAUUGCAAAGUCGGAAUCAGAAGAGGAGCAUAUUUUUAAUCUAAGGAAAUUAUUUGAGAGACUGAGAAAGUACAAACUCAGGUUAAAUCCUGCCAAAUGCACGUUUGGAGUAAAGUCUGGAAAAUUGUUGGACUUUAUUGUCAGCCAAAGAGGGAUAGAAGUUGAUCCUGACAAAGUAAGAGCGAUAACGGAAAUGCCUGCACCCAGAACAGAAAAGGAGGUUCGAGGUUUUCUAGGAAGAUUGAACUACAUUGCUAGGUUCAUCUCCCAAUUAACUACUACUUGCGAACCAAUGUUCAAGUUGCUACGGAAAAAUCAGGCUGUAGUCUGGAAUGAAGAUUGUCAAGUUGCUUUCGAAAAGGUCAAACAAUACCUGCAAGACCCUCCCGUGUUGCGUCCACCUAUGCCAGGAAGACCGCUCAUUUUGUAUUUGACCGUAUUGGAUAAUUCAAUGGGUUGUGUAUUGGGUCAGCAUGAUGAAGACGGGAAAAGAGAGCAUGCUAUAUAUUACUUGAGCAAGAGAUUCACAGAUUGCGAACAACGAUAUUCGUCGUUAGAGCGAACUUGUUGUGCACUGGCGUGGGCUACUCAUCGUUUAAGGCAAUACAUGUUGAGUCACUCUACUUGGUUGAUAUCUAAAAUGGAUCCUAUCAAGUAUAUUUUCGAAAAGCCCGCUCUCACUAGAAGAAUAGCUCGAUGGCAGAUGCUACUAUCGGAGUACGACAUUGUAUAUGUUACUCAGAAAUCUAUCAAGGGUAGCGCUUUAGCGGAAUAUUUAGCCCAUCAACCCAUUAGUGAUUAUCAGCCAAUGCAACCUGAGUUUCCUGAUGAAGAUAUCAUGGCUUUAUUCGCUGAGAACAAAGAGGACAAGAAUGAAAAUGCCUGGACGGUAUUAUUCGAUGGGGCUUCGAAUGUAAUGGGGCAUGGAAUAGGGGCAGUGCUUAUCUCUCCUAAGAAUCAAUACAUACCAAUAACGGCAAGGUUGUGUUUUAAUUGCACGAAUAAUAUCGCAGAAUAUGAAGCAUGUGCUAUGGGUAUUCGAGCGGCAAUAGAGUCUAAAGCAAAAAUUCUGGAUGUAUAUGGAGAUUCAGCUUUGGUCAUCCAUCAAUUGAAGGGAGAAUGGGAGACUAGGGAUAAUAAACUAAUUCCAUACCAAGCUUACAUCAGGGGAUUAAUUGAGUAUUUCGAUUCCAUCACGUUUAAUCAUAUACCGCGAGAAGAUAAUCAAUUAGCAGACGCAUUGGCUACCUUGUCAUCGAUGUUUGAAGUUGAUCAAGAUGCAGAAGUGCCAAUGAUUGAAAUGAAGAGUCAUGCGAAGCCAGCAUAUUGUCAUUUCAUCGAAGAGGAGGUAGAUGGUAAAACUUGGUACUUUGAUAUCACGCAUUAUCUUAGGACCCGAGAAUAUCCAGAGAAGGCAUCAGAAAACGAUAAAAGGGCGUUAAGGAGGUUGGUUGGCAGUUUCAUUUUGAGUGGGGAUAUUCUAUAUAAGAGGAAUCAUGACAUGGUUCUCCUUAGAUGCGUGGAUGCAAAAGAAGCCGAGCUGAUACUAAAAGAAGUACACGAGGGUACAUUUGGCACGCACAUGAAUGGGCACUCAAUGGCUAGGAAGAUACUGAGAGCGGGGUAUUUUUGGUUGACUAUGGAAAAUGAUUGCUGUGCACAUGUGAGAAAGUGUGAGAAAUGCCAGGUAUACGCAAAUAAAAUCAAUAUGCCACCCACGACCUUGAACGUGUUGUCUGCGCCAUGGCCCUUUUCGAUGUGGGGAAUAGAUGUCAUCGGAGCUAUAGAGCCAAAGGCGUCAAAUGGACACCGUUUCAUAUUAGUCGCAAUCGAUUACUUCACCAAAUGGGUUGAGGCCGCUUCUUAUGCUAAUGUGACUAGAAAGGUGGUGACCAAGUUCAUAAAAAGGGAGUUGAUUUGCAGAUACGGGCUCCCUAAUAGGAUCAUCACUGAUAAUGCCACUAACUUGAACAACCAGAUGAUGACAGAGUUAUGUGAGGAGUUCAAAAUUCAUCAUCUUAAUUCUUCUCCUUAUCGUCCAAAGAUGAAUGGGGCAGUGGAGGCUGCUAACAAAAAUAUCAAGAAGAUUGUGCAGAAGAUGGUGGUCACAUAUAAGGAUUGGCAUGAAAUGCUUCCUUUUGCUUUACAUGGUUAUCGCACUUCGGUACGAACAUCGACUGGGGCAACGCCUUUCUCGCUUGUAUAUGGAAUGGAAGCAGUACUUCCGUUUGAAGUGGAAAUUCCGUCCUUACGAGUUUUAAUGGAAACCCAAUUAGAAGAGGCUAAGUGGGUUCAAGCUCGUUUCGACCAGCUUAAUCUCAUUGAUGAAAAAAGAUUAACAGCAGUAUGCCAUGGACAAUUGUACCAAAGAAGAAUGAAGAAGGCAUUUGAUAAGAAGGUACACCCAAGAGAAUUUCAUGAAGGUGAGCUGGUGUGGAAGAAGAUUCUACCUAUACAAAAGGAUCAUAGAGGCAAAUGGACUCCAAAUUAUGAAGGGCCAUUUGUAGUGAAGAAAGCAUUUUCUGGUGGGGCACUAAUUCUCACGAGAAUGGACGGAGAGGAGUUACCAUUGCCAGUUAAUUCUGAUGCAGUAAAAAAGUUUUACACAUGA